AAAAAAGAAACAGGAACUUCAGUCUCUUCAAAGAAACACUUCACCAGUGACUCUGCCACUUCAGGGUGUUAGAAGAAGACGCAGCGAUAGAGAGGAGAGAGGAAGAGAGGAAAGAUGGGUCCACUCAGAGGGAUGAAAAUGUCUUUAUUUGUGAUUCUGAUGCUUCUGUUUACAGCGACUGCUGAAAAAAUCGUCUCCUUCAUUGUCAGAGAGGGAGAUGAAGUGGCUCUGCCCUGUGGAAAUGUGACACGGAAUCGGCAGAAGUGUGACCCGACGUAUUGGGUGACCGGUCGGGUCAAAAAGAGUCAACUGAACGUGACGGCGGACUGUUCUCUGGUUAUAAAAAGUGUCACACGUCAGGAUGCUGGACGCUACAGCUGCAGGCAGAUCAUAUCAGGGGAACAAGAACCGGAUGCUCUCAUGUUCCUGUCAGUUAUUCACAUUUCCAGUGAUGACACUCCGAGGUUCUACUGCUAUGUGGACACAGAUGGAGAGUGUGCACACACAGUUCAGUGGCAAUAUAAGGGUGGAGAUGGAAAUAUAACAACAACAGAGCGGCACUGUGAAGCCACUGCAAGAUUUACUAAUCGUAUUGAUCAGAGGUCAGCCCUUUAUAACUUGCUGUAUUGUAAUGUGACCGAUGAAAGGAGUGGACAAACCUUGCUGUGUGACGCCAUCUCCAAAUCAUGCAGAAAAGCAGAAAGCACAACAGGAAGAGACGACACUUCAACAAAGCAAGGUUGGCUCAGGUAUAUCAUUGUGUUUGUUGGAUUGGCAGCUUUCAUAAUAACUGUUGUGACAGUCAGCAUAUGGAUGAAAACCAAAGGGAACCAAACACAGACGGAUCACAGUGCUGUACAAAAUGAUGAGGAUGAAGAUGAAGGUUUAGUCCUCUAUGAAGACCCUGGCGGCUACAAUGCCUCUGUCAGAAUCCAGAAAAUGUCAGAUUAUCACCACCUUAAAACAGAGAAAACCUAGAGAAAUAACCAUGACACAAUGAUUUUGUAGGAUUUUAAGCACUCUGCUUCAUUUAUUCCAUCUUCUCAUGGUUUUUAAUUAUUCUCGCCAGUGUUUUACAUUGAUGAGGUCCUCAUCAGCUGGAAGCCAUGUUUUUGAAGCAUGUAUCCAAUGAAUCAGGGGAAGGCUAAAUAUCAGCUCAAUACCACUCCAAAGUCGGCUGUUUUUGUUUUGGGGGCAAAAAUCACAUCUGCAGCAGUUAAUAACGCAUAUAGUAUGUCAUUGCUGGUGAUAUAGGUACAAAUGUGAACAUAAUAGUUUGUACUCUUUGGCUACAGAAAGAAAAACCCACAAAGCUCAAUGAAAUAAGUUGAAACUGAAAAAAGUGAUAUUAAUAAAAAUGUACAGAUAAUUAACCUAUGAAAAUCACAUUGCUGUUGAAUUGUGGUUCAACAGAAUCCUUUUUUAACUAAUGAAACUAGUCUGGACUAAAUUGAUGGUGCUCUUUACUAAACAUUUUGAUGCAUAACCCUUUGAGGCAAUCACUGCAAUCAAGCGAUUUCUAUAAUUCUCAAUGAGGCUUCCUCACCUGUCCCAGGUAUUUUGGCCCACUCCUCAGGAACAAACUGCUCCAGCUGUCCCAGGUUUGAAGGGAGCUUCAGGCUCUCUGACACUGACCAGCACAUUUGGCUCCAGAAUGCCUUGAUAGUCUUGAGAUUUCAUUGUACCCUGUACAGAUUAGACACCCUGUGCCAGAUGCAGCAAAGCCCCAGAACAUAACCAAGCCUCCUCCGUGUUUCACACUAGGUAUAGGUGCACCUGAAAAAGUCACAAAUAUAACUUCUUAAAGGGAUAUUUCAGGAUUUUUGAAGUUGGGUCAUCUGAGGUGCUUGGCUAUAGUAGUAGCAUUAGCCUCCAGUGAUUUCUGUGAAAGUUGAUCCUAUGGUUAUAACAAGCUCAGAGAGAUCCACGGCAUAGUGGCUGUAGAUGGCGAUGUUAAAUCGAGUUUUACGUAAAAAAUGGGCCAAGAAAAUGCUCUCUCUUAAGUAAAUCUGUACGGCUAUACAAGCUGUACACUGGCUACUCCAAGUGAAAUCCAAGCUUCAUUUCUAUAUUGUCCCUUGAGACGACAUAAUAAAAUGGUUGCUGAAAUGUGAGGGGUGCACUCACCUUUGUGAGGUACUGUAUUUGGUUUAGCAUCAUCUUGCUGAUACUGUCAAGGCCUUCCCUAGAGACGUUGUUUGGUUGAGAGCUCUAAAACCACUGUCUACUUUUCAGCAUUGUUAGUUCCUUUCCAGAUGUGUCAGCUGCCAUCACCUUUGGCACUAAUGCAACGCCACACCAUCAGAGAUGCAGGCUUUAGAACUGAAAACAAGCUGGGUAGGUGCAGAAUAGAGCGUGUGUGCUUUCUAAAAAGAAAUUUGAAAUUUUGAUUCACCUGACCACAGAACAGUUUUCCAUUUCCGGGGAAAGCUGCACAGAGAUGGCUUAAAGAACAAGCUGAUAUUCUGGAUCAGCAGAGUUGAAGCCCAGACUUCAAUCCGAUAGAGAAUUGUGGCUGGACUUGAAAAGGGCCGAUAUCCGUGCAACCUGACAGAGCAUGAGCAGUUUAGCAAAGAGUAAACUUUGAGUGUCCAGAUGUUUGAGCCAUAUUGAGACCUAUUCACACAGACUCAGAGCUGUGACUGCAGCCAAAUGUGACUCUAGUAAAUACUGAGUAGAAGGAAGCAUAUUGAAUAAGCAGAUCCAGUGUGGUAACUUUACAGAGCAUAUUGUGGCGAUCCAGGAAGCAGUCACCUGGAGCAGGGACUUCUGGGAUUGCUUUGUACAAAAGAAUGCAUUCUUCUACUGUUCUAUAAUGUUCAUGUUUCAUUGCAAAGUUGAUAAUUAUGCAUGUUUUGUUUAUUGGUUCAUGUUUUUAGUGGAAAAUGUUUGACCAAAUGUGACACCAUGAGUGAGGGGGUCAUUGCUGCAGACUACCCUGUCUGUAUAUGUCUGUAUCUUGGAGUUCUUAAUAAAGUGAUGGCUGCUUAUACCUACUGCA